AUGGCGGGCCGCCUCGCGGACGUCCGAAAGCUUUUCAUCUUCGCGACCACCGAGAACUACUUCGGCCUGACGUCGGACCCCGGGGAGCAGCCGCUGCUGAACAACUCCCCCGAAAUCAACAACUUCUUGGACGACGGGAACCAGAUGCUCCUCAGGGUGCUGCGAUCUGAAGCCGGGAUCUUCUUUUCCAACACGGUUGAUUUUGGUGACACAAAAGAUAAAGUAUUGGUGUUUUUCAAGCUGCGACCUGAAGUAAUUACUGACCAAAAUCUACAUGAUAACAUUCUUGUUUCAUCUAUGCUGGAGUCCCCUAUCAGUUCUCUUUAUCAAGCCGUACGCCAAAUAUUUGCACCGAUGUUGUUAAAGGAUCAGGAUUGGAGCAGAAACUUUGAUCCCAAACUUCAGAAUCUUUUGAGUGAAUUAGAAGCUGGUUUGGGUAUAGUUCUACGAAGAUCAGACAUUAACUUAUCAAAAAUGAAACUUAAGGAAGAUGAUAUACGAGGAAUUCUUACCCCAAGUGAUGAGUUCCAGUUUUGGAUAGAACAAGCUCAUCGUGGAAAUAAGCAAAUUAAUAGAGAAAGGGCCAGUUAUUUUAAAGAAUUAUUUGAAACAAUUGCAAGAGAGUUUUAUAACUUGGACAGCCUCUCCUUGCUGGAAGUUGUUGACUUGGUGGAGACCACUCGAGAUGUUGUUGAUGAUGUGUGGAGACAAACAGAUCACGACCAUUAUCCCGAGUCACGGAUGCUACAUCUCUUAGACAUCAUAGGUGGCUCCUUUGGAAGGUUUGUUCAGAAAAAGUUGGGAACUAUGAACCUCUGGGAAGAUCCUUAUUACCUCGUGAAAGAAAAUCUGAGAGCUGGCAUUUCAAUUUGUGAGCAGUGGGUGAUAGCGUGUAAUCAUCUGACAGGUCAAGUGUGGCAACGCUACGUUCCUCAUCCAUGGAAAAAUGAAAAAUACUUCCCUGAAACACUCGACAAACUUGGCAAACGCUUUGAAGAGAUCCUGGCUGUUCGAACAAUUAAUGAGAAACUUCUUUAUUUUUUACCUGCCGGUGAAGAGAAAAUCAUAGGCCUGGCUCGAGUGUUUGAGCCUUUUACUGGUCUGAAUCCUGUGCAAUAUAAUCCGUAUACCGAGCCUUUGUGGAAAGCUGCAGUCUCUCAAUAUGAAAAAAUCAUUGCACCCGCAGAACAAAAAGUAGCAGGAAAGUUGAGAAAUUAUAUUUCAGAAAUUCAAGACAGCCCACAGCAGCUUCUUCAAACAUUUCUGAAAUAUAAAGAGUUGGUGAAGCGUCCAACUAUAAGCAAAGAAUUAAUGUUAGAAAGAGAAACUUUACUGGCAAGACUUGUGGACUCUGUUAAAGAUUUUCGAAUAGACUUUGAGAAUCGGUGCCGAGGAAUUCCUGGUGAUACAUCUGGACCUCUUUCUGGGAAAAAUUUGUCAGAAGUUGUCAACAAUAUAGUUUGGGUCCGCCAGUUGGAGCUGAAGGCAGAUGAUACUAUCAAGAUUGCAGAAGCUCUUUUAUCUGACUUGUCAGGGUUUCGAUCGCUCCAUCGAAGUGCUGAAGAUCUUUCAGAUCAAUUUAAGCUUUAUGAACAAGAACAAUUUGAUGAUUGGUCCAGAGAUAUUCAGUCAGGCAUAUCUGAUUCCAGAUCUGGUUUGUGUAUUGAGGCCAAUAGUCGCAUUAUGGAAUUGGAUCCUAAUGAUGGAUCAUUAAAAGUGCAUUAUUCAGAUCGUUUGGUUGUUCUUCUGAGAGAAGUCCGUCAACUUUCAGCCCUUGGCUUUGUUAUUCCUGCCAAAAUACAGCAAGUCGCAAAUAUUGCACAGAAGUUCUGCAAGCAAGCAAUUAUUCUUAAACAAGUGGCGCAUUUUUAUAACUCUAUUGAUCAACAGAUGAUACAAAGCCAGAGACCAAUGAUGUUGCAAUCUGCCUUGGCAUUUGAGCAGAUAAUUAAGAAUUCCAAAGCAGGAAGUGGGGGAAAGUCGCAGAUUACAUGGGAUAAUCCUAAAGAAUUAGAAGGCUACAUCCAAAAGCUGCAAAGUGCUGCCGAAAGACUUGCCACUGAAAACAGGAAGCUGAGAAAAUGGCACACUACAUUUUGUGAAAAGGUGGUAGUUCUUAUGAAUAUUGAUCUGCUUCGGCAGCAGCAGCGUUGGAAAGAUGGACUGCAAGAGUUGAGAACUGGUUUGGCAAGUGUAGAAGCACAGGGAUUCCAAGCAAGUGACAUGCACGCGUGGAAGCAGCACUGGAAUCAUCAGUUGUACAAAGCUCUCGAGCAUCAAUAUCAGAUGGGCUUGGAAGCCCUUAAUGAGCAUCUGCCAGAAAUAAAUGUAGACUUAAUUUACAAACAGGGACGGUUGCAGUUCAGGCCCCCUUUUGAAGAAAUCCGGGCUAAGUAUUAUAGAGAAAUGAAGAGAUUCAUCAGCAUUCCAAAUCAAUUUAAGGGAGUAGGUGAAGCAGGAGAUGAGUCUAUUUUUUCGAUUAUGAUUGAUAGAAAUGCAAAUGGAUUUCUGACUAUUUUCAGCAAGGCAGAAGAUCUUUUCAGAAGGUUGUCAGCUGUUUUACACCAACAUAAGGAAUGGAUUGUAAUUGGGCAAGUUGAUAUGGAAGCCUUGGUGGAAAAACAUCUCUUCACUGUACAUGAUUGGGAAAAGAAUUUUAAAGCUCUGAAAAUAAAAGGGAAAGAAGUGGAACGACUUCCAAGUGUUGUCAAGGUGGAUUGUUUAAAUAUCAAUUGCAAUCCCGUGAAGACUGUGAUUGAUGAUCUUAUCCAGAAGUUAUUUGACCUGCUUGUUGUUUCUUUGAAAAAAUCCAUCCAGGGUAAUUUACAUGAAAUUGAUACAUUUGUUACUGAGGCCAUGGAAGUCUUAACAAUUAUGCCCCAGUCUGUGGAAGAAAUAGGUGAUGCAAAUUUGCAAUAUAGUAAACUACAAGAAAGGAAGCCAAAGAUUUUGCCCCUAUUUCAAGAAGCUGAGGAUAAAAACAGACUUUUACGAACUGUGGCAGGUGGAGGUUUAGAAACAAUUAGCAAUCUGAAAGCUAAGUGGGAUAAAUUUGAGUUGAUGAUGGAAAGUCACCAACUUAUGAUUAAAGAUCAGAUUGAAGUGAUGAAAGGAAAUGUAAAAUCACGUCUUCACGUCUACUAUCAAGAACUGGACAAAUUUAAAGCUCGUUGGGAUCAACUAAAGCCUGGUGAUGAUGUUAUUGAAACAGGACAGAAAAAUACUCUUGACAGAAGUGCAGAGUCGAUCAAAGAGAAGAAAAUUGAGUUUGAUGAGCUUGAAGUCGUAAGAAAGAAGCUUGUUGAUGAUUGCCAUCACUUUGGAUUAGGAGAGCCCAACUUCUCCCUGGCAUAUACUGUUUCUAAAGAUAUUGAGAGCUGUGCACAGAUUUGGGCCCUUUACGAAGAAUUUUACCAAGGAUUUCAAGAUAUGGCUAAUGAAGAUUGGAUUACUUUCCGGACUAAGACAUAUCUAUUUGAGGAAUUUUUGAUGGAUUGGCAUGACCGAUUGAGGAAGGUUGAGGAACAUUCAGUAAUGACUGUGAAAUUACAAUCAGAAAUUGACAAAUAUAACACUGCACUUCCUAUCUUGAAGUAUGUCAGAGGGGAGCAUCUUUCUCCAGAUCACUGGCUUGACCUUUUCCGCCUCCUUGGCCUUCCAAGGGGAACUAGUCUAGAGAAAUUGCUGUUUGGAGAUUUGCUAAGAGUAGCAGAUAAAAUUGUAGCCAAAGCUUCAGACCUUAAAGAUUUAAAUAGUCGGGCCCAAGGUGAAGUCACAAUCCGAGAAGCGUUACGUGAACUUGACCUCUGGGGAGUUGGAGCGGUGUUUACAUUGACCGAUUAUGAAGACAGCCAAAGUCGCACCAUGAAGCUGAUCAAAGACUGGAAAGACAUAGUAAAUCAGGUUGGAGAUAAUAGAUGCCUUCUGCAAUCCUUAAAGGACUCUCCUUAUUACAAAGGAUUUGAAGAUAAAGUGUCAAUUUGGGAGAGGAAACUUGCAGAAUUAGAUGAGUAUUUGCAGAAUUUAAACCAAAUUCAAAGAAAGUGGGUGUAUUUGGAACCCAUUUUUGGCCGUGGAGCAUUGCCAAAAGAACAGACACGCUUCAACCGAGUUGAUGAAGAUUUUCGAUCAAUAAUGACUGACAUUAAGAGAGACAAUAGAGUAACAACGUUAACUAGUCAUGCAGGAAUCAGGAAUUCUUUACUAACUAUACUUGAUCAGCUUCAACGAUGCCAGAAAUCACUAAAUGAAUUUUUGGAGGAAAAACGGUCAGCAUUCCCAAGAUUUUAUUUUAUUGGUGAUGAUGAUUUGUUAGAAAUACUGGGACAAUCUACUAACCCAUCAGUGAUCCAAUCUCACCUUAAGAAGUUGUUUGCUGGUAUUAGCAGUGUCUGCUUUGAUGAGGAAUCAAAACAUAUAAUUGCAAUGAAAUCUUUAGAGGGAGAAGUUGUACCUUUUAAAAAUAAAGUUCUCCUGUCAAAUAAUGUGGAGAUAUUGUGCUUGGCAGAACAAAUUAAAUUCACGGAAGAUGUAGAAAAUGCUAUCAAAGACCAUACUCUUCAUCAGAUUGAAACCCAACUGGUGAAUAAGUUAGAGCAUUAUACGAACAUUGACACAAGUUCUGAGGAUCCAGGGAAUCCUGAAUCUGGCAUCUUGGAACUGAAACUUAAAGCACUGAUUCUUGACAUUAUUCAUAAUAUUGAUGUGGUGAAGCAGUUGAACCAAGUUCAAGUUCAUACAACUGAAGACUGGGCUUGGAAAAAACAAGUUAGAUUUUAUAUGAAAAGUGAUAACACAUGUUAUGUUCAAAUGGUGGAUUCUGAAUUUCAGUAUACUUAUGAGUAUCAGGGUAAUGCUCCCAAGCUGGUUUACACUCCAUUGACAGAUAAGUGCUACUUAACUCUCACUCAAGCCAUGAAGAUGGGACUAGGAGGAAAUCCGUAUGGACCAGCAGGGACUGGAAAAACGGAAUCAGUAAAGGCUUUGGGUGGACUUCUAGGGAGACAAGUUUUAGUGUUCAAUUGUGAUGAGGGCAUUGAUGUGAAGUCAAUGGGAAGAAUAUUUGUUGGUUUGGUGAAGUGUGGUGCCUGGGGUUGUUUUGAUGAAUUCAAUAGGCUUGAAGAAUCUGUACUGUCUGCAGUAUCUAUGCAAAUCCAGACGAUCCAGGAUGCUUUGAAGCAUCAUAGAACUGUAUGUGAAUUACUUGGCAAAGAGGUAGAAAUAAAUUCUAAUUCCGGAAUUUUUAUCACUAUGAAUCCUGCUGGAAAAGGCUAUGGAGGAAGACAAAAAUUGCCCGAUAAUCUUAAGCAGCUUUUCAGGCCAGUAGCUAUGUCCCGUCCAGACAAUGAGCUUAUUGCAGAAGUGAUUCUCUAUUCAGAAGGCUUUAAAGAUGCUAAAACUUUGGGCAGAAAAUUAGUAGCAAUUUUCAAUUUAUCUAGGGAACUUUUGACACCUCAGCAACAUUAUGAUUGGGGUUUGAGAGCUCUGAAGACAGUUCUGAGAGGAAGUGGAAAUCUCCUUAGACAGAUGAAGAAAAAUGGCAUUAAAGAGAAUGUUAAUGAAAGUCGUAUUGUGGUACAAGCAUUAAGGCUUAAUACAAUGUCGAAGUUUACAUUUGCUGAUUGCACCCGGUUCGACGCAUUGAUUAAAGAUGUCUUUCCUGGGAUUGAGUUUAAGGAAGUAGAAUAUGACCAACUAAGUUCUGCCUUAAAGCAAGUCUUUGAGGAGGCCAAUUAUGAAAUUAUACCUAACCAGAUAAAGAAGGCUUUGGAAUUGUAUGAGCAGUUGUGCCAGAGAAUGGGAGUUGUCAUUGUUGGUCCAAGUGGUGCUGGCAAAUCAACCCUUUGGAGAAUGUUAAGGGCUGCACUUGGUAAAAUUGGCGCAGUUGUGAAGCAAUACACCAUGAAUCCCAAAGCUAUGCCUAGACAUCAAUUAUUAGGUCAUAUUGACAUGGAUACAAGGGAGUGGUCUGAUGGCGUUUUGACAAAUAGUGCUCGCCAAGUGGUUCGAGAACCUCAAGAUGUCACCUCAUGGAUUAUCUGUGACGGUGAUAUUGACCCUGAGUGGAUAGAAUCUUUGAAUUCCGUCUUGGAUGAUAAUAGACUACUCACUAUGCCCAGUGGAGAACGGAUUCAGUUUGGCCCAAAUGUUAACUUUGUAUUUGAAACACAUGAUUUAAGCUGUGCCUCACCGGCCACGAUAUCUAGAAUGGGGAUGAUCUUUCUUAGUGAUGAAGAGACGGAUGUUAAUUCUCUGAUAAAAUCUUGGCUGAGGAAUCAGCCUGCUAACUAUAGGAAUAAUCUUGAAAACUGGAUUGGAGAUUAUUUUCAAAAGGCUUUACAAUGGGUCUUAAAGCAGAAUGAUUAUGUGGUAGAAACAAGUUUGGUUGGGACUGUGAUGAAUGGUUUGUCACAUCUACAUGGAUGCGAAGAUCAUGAACAAUUUAUUAUUAAUCUCAUAAGGGGACUGGGUGGCAAUCUGAACAUGAAGUCACGACUGGAAUUCACCAAGGAGGUUUUUAACUGGGCACGAGAAUCUCCUCCAGACCCGCAUAAACCAAUGGACACGUUCUAUGACACCGGUAAAAGGAGACUUGCAUCUUAUGCAUUGAAGAAGCCAGACAACCUGACUGCUGAGGAUUUCAGUCAUGGCCAAACUCUCCCAGUAAUUCAGACUCCUGACAUGCAGCGGGGGCUAGAUUAUGUCAAGCCUUGGCUAAGUUCUGAUACGAAGCAGCCAUUUGUUCUCGUCGGACCAGAAGGAUGUGGCAAAGGGAUGCUGCUCAGGUAUGCCUUUUCCCAACUUCGAUCCACUCAGAUUGCUACAGUUCACUGUAGUGCACAAACUACUUCUCGACAUCUUCUGCAGAAACUGAGCCAGACUUGCAUGGUCAUCAGUACUAAUACUGGUCGAGUAUACAGGCCAAAAGACUGUGAACGACUUGUCUUGUACUUAAAAGAUAUCAACUUACCCAAGCUUGAUAAAUGGGGGACCAGUACUUUGGUAGCAUUUUUACAACAGGUCUUGACAUAUCAAGGAUUUUACGAUGAAAAUUUGGAAUGGGUUGGUUUAGAAAAUAUUCAGAUUGUGGCCUCGAUGUCAGCUGGAGGCAGACUGGGGCGACACAAGCUUACCACCAGAUUUGCUUCUAUUGUUCGUCUGUGUGCUGUAGAUUACCCGGAAAGAGAGCAACUACAAACCAUUUACGGAGCCUAUUUGGAACCAGUUUUACAUAAAAACUUGAAGAAUCAUUCUAUUUGGGGUUCUCCAUCAAAAAUUUAUCUCCUAGCAGGAUCUAUGGUACAAGUGUAUGAACAGGUGCGGGCCAAAUUUACUGUUGAUGAUUAUAGUCACUACUUUUUUACUCCUUGCAUUCUUACCCAGUGGGUUCUUGGUUUAUUCAGAUAUGAUUUAGAAGGAGGAACCUCACACCAUCCAUUAGAUUAUGUAUUAGAAAUUGUAGCAUAUGAAGCACGCCGCUUAUUUCGUGACAAAAUUGUUGGGGCCAAGGAACUUCAUGUAUUUGACAGCAUUUUGACAUCAGUGUUUCAAGGAGAUUGGGGCUCAGAUAUAAUAGAGAAUAUGGCAGAUAGUUUCUAUGUUACCUGGGGAGCCAGGCAUAAUUCAGGAGCAAGCGCAGCCCCAAAGCAACCAUUGCCUCCACAUGGAAAACCACUUGGAAAACUAAGCUCUUCAGAUCUCAAGGAUGUUAUUAAAAAGGGUCUUAUUCACUAUGGACGAGAUAACCAGAAUUUAGACAUUUUACUUUUCCAAGAAGUCCUGGAGUACAUGUCUAGGAUAGACAGAGUGCUGAGUUUCCCUGGCGGCUCCCUUUUGUUAGCAGGACGCAGUGGUGUGGGCCGCCGCACAAUCACUUCUUUAGUCAGCCACAUGCACGGAGCUGUGCUCUUUUCUCCAAAGAUUUCCCGAGGGUAUGAACUGAAGCAGUUCAAAAAUGAUCUCAAACAUGUACUGCAUCUCGCAGGUAUUGAAUCCCAGCAGGUAGUUUUACUUCUUGAAGACUAUCAGUUUGUGCAUCCUACCUUUUUGGAGAUGAUCAACAGUCUUUUGUCUUCAGGUGAAGUUCCUGGACUCUAUACUCUUGAAGAGUUAGAGCCCCUGCUGUCGCCUCUUAAAGAUGAAGCUUCACAGGAUGGCUUUUUUGGACCUGUCUUUAAUUACUUUACAUACAGAGUUCAGCAAAACUUGCAUAUUGUCUUGAUAAUGGAUUCUGCGAAUUUGAACUUCAUUAUCAACUGUGAGAGUAAUCCAGCUUUGCAUAAAAAAUGCCAGGUGUUGUGGAUGGAAGGUUGGUCAGAUGGCAGUAUGAAGAAAAUUCCAGAAAUGUUACUCAGUAAAUCUGAGGAAGAAAAUGUUAGUGAAAAACGAAGGAAAGAAGAAAGGAAAAAAAGUUCAGUGGACCCUGAAUUUUUAAAAUCGUUUUUACUAAUACACGAGUCUUGUAAAGCAUAUGGUGCUACUCCAAGCCGAUAUAUGACGUUUUUACACGUGUAUUCUGCCAUUAGUAGCAGCAAGAAAAAGGAAUUAUUAAAAAGACAAAGUCAUUUGCAGGCCGGUGUAUCUAAAUUAAAUGAAGCUAAAGCUCUUGUGGAUGAACUGAACCGAAAAGCUGGAGAACAAAGUGUGUUACUUAAAACUAAGCAAGAUGAAGCGGAUGCUGCCCUUCAAGAGAUCACAGUAUCAAUGCAGGAUGCUAGUGAACAAAAGACAGAACUGGAAAGACUAAAGCACAAGAUAGCAGAAGAAGUUGUUAAAAUUGAAGAAAGGAAAAAUAAAAUUGAUGAUGAGUUAAAGGAAGUACAGCCUCUAGUUAAUGAAGCCAAACUAGCAGUCGGAAACAUUAAGCCCGAGUCUCUUUCAGAAAUCCGCUCACUGCGUAUGCCGCCCGAUGUCAUCAGGGACAUUCUAGAAGGAGUCUUGAGGUUAAUGGGCAUCUUUGAUACAUCUUGGGUGAGCAUGAAGAGUUUCCUUGCAAAAAGAGGUGUGAGAGAAGAUAUUGCAACUUUUGAUGCACGAAAUAUUCCAAAGGAAAUAAGAGGGAGUGUUGAAGAACUUCUUUUUAAAAACAAGGGGUCUUUUGAUCCAAAGAAUGCUAAGCGUGCCAGUGUUGCAGCAGCUCCUUUGGCUGCCUGGGUUAAAGCCAAUGUCCAGUAUUCCCAUGUCUUGGAACGGAUUCAGCCUUUGGAAACUGAGCAGGCAGGACUAGAACUAAAUCUGAAGAAAACUGAAGAUAGAAAAAGGAAACUAGAGGAGCUUCUUAAUUCAGUUGGUCAAAAAGUAUCAGAACUCAAAGAAAAAUUCCAGAGCAGGACUUCAGAAGCUGCCAAACUUGAAGCUGAAGUAAGCAAAGCACAAGAAACAAUAAAAGCUGCUGAAGUCCUCAUUAAUCAGCUUGAUAGAGAACAUAAGAGAUGGAAUGCUCAGGUGGCAGAGAUAACUGAUGAAUUAGCGACUCUCCCUAAGAGAGCGCAGCUAGCUGCUGCAUUCAUUACAUACCUUUCCGCUGCGCCUGAGGGGCUGAGAAAAACUUGUUUGGAAGAGUGGACCAAAUCAGCUGACCUUGAAAAAUUUGAUCUAAGGAGAUUUCUUUGCACUGAAAGUGAACAGUUAAUUUGGAAAAGUGAAGGCCUACCAUCAGAUGACCUUUCCAUAGAAAAUGCUCUUGUUAUCUUGCAGAUCAUUGGUUUGAAAUCAUGGAGUCACGUAUGCCCAUUUCUUAUAGACCCUUCUUCUCAAGCUACAGAAUGGCUAAAGACGCAUCUGAAAGACUCACGUUUAGAAGUUAUUAAUCAGCAGGAUAGUAACUUUAUCACAGCCCUUGAAUUGGCAGUUCGUUUUGGGAAAACCCUUAUAAUACAAGAGUUGGAUGGUGUAGAACCUGUUCUUUAUCCAUUAUUGAGAAGAGAUCUUGUUGCUCAAGGUCCACGCUAUGUUGUACAAAUAGGUGACAAAAUUAUUGACUACAAUGAAGAAUUUCGACUUUUUUUGUCAACAAGAAACCCAAACCCCUUUAUUCCACCGGAUGCAGCCUCCAUUGUUACUGAGGUUAACUUCACUACAACAAGAAGUGGGUUACGCGGACAGCUUUUGGCUUUAACCAUUCAGCACGAGAAACCUGAUUUAGAGGAACAGAAAACAAAACUGUUGCAACAGGAAGAAGAUAAGAAAAUACAGCUAGCUAAGCUUGAAGAAUCUCUUUUAGAGACCCUUGCAACAUCUCAAGGCAAUAUUUUAGAAAAUAAGGAUUUGAUUGAAUCUUUGAAUCAGACAAAAGCAAGCAGUUCACUUAUCCAAGAUUCUCUUAAAGAAUCCUACAAACUGCAGAUUUCCCUUGACAAAGAGCGGGAUGCCUAUCUUCCUCUGGCUGAGAGUGCCAGCAAGAUGUACUUCAUUAUUUCUGACCUGUCCAAAAUUAAUAACAUGUAUCGUUUUAGUUUGGCGGCAUUUCUACGACUUUUCCAACGAGCUCUGCAAAACAAACAGGAUUCUGAAAGUACAGAACAGAGAAUCCAGUCUCUGAUCAACUCAUUAAAGCAUAUGGUAUAUGAAUAUAUAUGCCGUUGUUUAUUUAAGGCUGAUCAGCUAAUGUUCGCGUUGCAUUUUGUUCGAGGAAUGCACCCUGAACUUUUUCAAGAAAACGAAUGGGAUACCUUUACAGGUGUGGUUGUUGGAGAUAUGUUACGGAAAGCUGACUCUCAACAAAGAAUACGUGAUCAGCUUCCAUCUUGGAUAGAUCAGGAAAGAAGCUGGGCGGUGGCAACAUUGAAGAUUACUCUUCCUACUCUCUAUCAGACCCUCUGCUUUGAAGACGCGGCUCUGUGGCGUACUUACUAUCAUAAUUCAGUGUGUGAGCAAGAUUUUCCAUCUAUUCUUGCCAGAAAAGUUUCCUUAUUUCAGCAGGUUCUUGUGGUACAAGCGCUCCGACCAGACAGACUGCAAAGUGCCAUGGCUCUAUUUGCAUGUAAAACUCUGCAACUGAAAGAGUUGUCUCCUCUUCCUCUAAAUCUCAAACGUUUGUACAAAGAGACGCUGGAAAUUGAGCCUAUCUUGAUAAUUAUUUCCCCGGGUGCGGAUCCUUCUCAGGAACUGCAGGAACUUGCUAAUGCAGAAAGAAGUGGAGAGUGUUACCAUCAGGUUGCAAUGGGUCAGGGGCAAGCUGACUUAGCAAUUCAAAUGUUAAAAGAAUGUGCUCGCAAUGGAGAUUGGCUCUGUUUGAAGAACUUACAUCUUGUAGUAUCUUGGCUGCCUGUUCUUGAAAAGGAAUUGAAUACUCUUCAGCCUAAAAAUACCUUUCGUCUGUGGCUCACUGCAGAAGUUCAUCCUAACUUUACUCCUAUUUUACUCCAGUCAAGUUUGAAGAUAACAUAUGAGUCUCCUCCAGGUUUGAAGAAGAAUUUAAUGCGUACUUAUGAAUCUUGGACCCCUGAACAAAUUAACAAAAAAGAGAAUGCACACCGAGCGAAUGCUCUCUUCAGUUUCGCAUGGUUUCAUGCUGCAUGUCAAGAAAGGAGAAAUUAUAUUCCACAGGUAAAACCAUAUCUUUGGUUUAUUCCAAAUGUUGCAUAUAGUUUUNNNGUUAUUGAUAGACUUUUUGAUGGCACUAAAGAUGUACAGUGGGAAUUUGUACAUGGUCUACUUGAAGAUGCAAUUUAUGGAGGACGUAUAGAUAACUAUUUUGAUCUUAGAGUUCUUCAAUCAUAUCUGAAACAGUUUUUCAAUUCUUCAAUAAUUGAUGGAUUAAACCAAACAGACAAGAAAAGCGCUUUCCCAUAUUCUGUUUCUCUACCAAAAUCUUGCAGCAUUUUGGAUUAUCGUGCUGUCAUAGAAAAACUCCCGGAGGAUGACAAACCGAGUUUCUUUGGUCUUCCUGCCAAUAUUGCUCGCUCGUCUCAGCGCAUGAUCAGUUCUCAGGUUAUUUCACAGUUGAGGAUCUUGGGCAGGUCGGUAACAGCUGGUUGUAAAUUUGAUAGAGAAAUCUGGUCUAAUGAGCUUUCGCCUGUCCUCAACCUCUGGAAGAAACUAAAUCAGAAUUCAAACCUAAUUCAUCACAAAGUAGUUCCUCCUAAUGAACGACAAGGAUCUCCGAUGUUAUCAUUCAUCAUCCUUGAACAAUUCAAUGCCAUCCGUUUAGUACAGAGUGUCCAUCAGUCACUUGCUGCUCUCAGCAAAGUCAUCAGAGGAACUACAUUGUUGAGUUUAGAAGUACAGAAGUUGGCAAGUGCUUUAUUAAACCAGAAGUGUCCCCUCACAUGGCAGAGUAAGUGGGAGGGCCCAGAAGAUCCAUUACAAUACCUCAGAGGUCUGGUAGCUCGUGCCCUUGCAAUACAGAGUUCACCAGAAAAGGAUACACAACCCAACAGCAGCAGCAACAAGAGUGAUAACGCAAGUAUAGUGAUAUGGGAUCAACCACCAAGAUUUUCUAACUUAGAGGGGCCCAGGGAGGAGACACUUGAGCUAAAUAGGAAUAAACUAAUUGAGGAGGGAAAGGAAGGCUCUGUCACACAGAGAGAAGUUUUUGUGCUCAACCCCAGAGAGGUGGCUCAGUUCGCGUCCUCAAGGAGCCGGUACUCUCAGAGUAAAGUUGAGAACUAUCUGUACCCAAGAGAUCCUAAGGAAAAGGUGCGUGUUCAGGCAAUGGGCAAGUCUGUGGAUAGUCUUAAGUUUGUAGCAUCAUGGAAAGGUCGACUACAAGAAGCCAAGCUGCAAAUUAAGAUCAGUGGCUUACUACUGGAAGGUUGCAGUUUUGAUGGAAAUCAGCUUUCUGAAAAUCAGCAUGAUUCUCCUAGUGUGUCUUCUGUUCUCCCAUGCUGCAUGGGCUGGAUUCCACAGGGUGCAUACGGUCCCUAUUCCCCUGAUGAGUGCAUAUCGUUGCCCAUCUACACUAGUGCCGACAGGGAUCGUGUGGUCACCAACAUUGAUGUUCCAUGCGGGGGCAACCAAGACCAGUGGAUUCAGUGUGGAGCAGCUCUGUUUCUGAAAAAUCAGUAAAACCUAAUGACAGCAAAACCUGCCUCAUCGAAAAGAAACUAUCACUUCAGCUUUAAAUAAUAUAUGCUUUAAAUAUGCUCAGUCUGCAGUUGAAAUAUAAAUUCCAAAUAUUGGCGCAGCAUCCCUCCGUGUUGCGUGCUUCAUUGGGCUUUCAUUAGAAUGGGUGAUGGCAGCACAACGCACCUUUCAAGGUAGCCGUGGAGUUCUUAGGAAGAUGGGAUAUUUCGAUAACUAUUUCUGUGAGUUGGUUCACUUUUGAAAAAAGUUCAUGUUUUAGGUAAGCAAUUUAAAACAUUGUAUUUGAGGAAUAGAGUAUUUAGGACCUCAUUUUCUCAUAAUUAUUUAAUGAAAUAAAAAUUGUUAAUACAU